AUGAAUUUAAUUUUAACUAUUUCAUUUGCCUUCCCAUUGAUUUCCACUUUUAAAUCAUUGAAAACUAAUGAUAUCAAUUUAAUUAAAUCAUGGUUAAUUUAUUGGAUUGUCUUUGGUUCUUUAACUAUCUUGGAGUUUCAAUUUUAUAAUUUAAUCUUAAAAUAUCUGCCAUUUUAUUCAAUUAUUAAACUUUAUUUAUCAAUUUGGUUAAUUUUACCAAAUACAAAAGGUUAUGAAUUUAUUUAUUUUAAUUAUAUUGAUGAAUACUUGGGUCGUUAUGAAAUUGAAAUUGAUUCUUUUGUUAAUAAAUUAUAUGCCAAAAAUCCAUUAGAAUUUGUCUUAAACUUAUUGAAAACUUUGAAAAUCAUAUCAUCUGAUCAAUCGUCAAAUAAUACAUCAUCUAGUUAUACAUCAAAUGGUGUAAAUCAAUCAAUUUUUGAUUCAUUUGCAAAUUCAAUCAUUUCAAAACAAUCAAAUCCUAAACAAACUCAACAACAAAAUAAUAUAUUUGAAAGUUUAGUUGGUGUUUUACAAUAUUUCCCUAAACCAACAGGUUCAACAAGAUCAACAAGAUCAACAACUCCAACAGGUUCAACAGGGACAACAAAUGAAUCAAGAUCUUUAAACACCACCACUACAACUGCAAAUACUUCAAAUGAUGAUUAUGAUUUUGUUGGUAAAGAUGAAUAUGAAAAUAUUGAUGAAACUACUAAAUUGAAUACUGAUUCAACUAAAGAUCUUGGAAAUGAAUUAAAACAAACAAAGGUUAAUAAUGGUUGGUUUUCAUGGUGGAAUAAUGGAUAUACACCAAUUGAUGAAUCAAAGAAACAUGAAUAA